CAAAAAUACGAAAAAGGCACCAAAGUUCUCUCUCUCCUUCCGUUUUUUAAUACUCUCUCUCGUCAUCUCAUCCAACUUUUUACAGUUCAUACGGACAGACUCUGUCCAUUUCUGUACCAAUUGUAGACUAGACUAUAAUGUGGGAGGGAGAGGGAUGGAGCUCUACAUUGUAGAGAGAGAAUGGAAGUCUCCAUUGGUCUUUGGUACUGAGUCAAGCUAGAACAUGGGGUGACUCGGAAGGUUAUGCAGCUGGAGGAGAUCUAUCUCUCAAGUGUCUGCAACUGCUGCUCUUAAUCGACUUCUGGUUUUUUUCCCCUCCUCUUUUUGGGGCUUAGGCUAGUUUGAGCGCCUGGUGUUUUCCCCAGGAGUGUUACUAACUUGAAGAUCCAACUUCAGUUCAGCUCAUUUAUCUGCUUUUUUGGGAGAGUUCCAUUUUGCUAGACUUGCUCCACCUUUACUUCAGAAGGUACAGGAAAAAGACCGAGAAACAGGAAUUCGCAAAAGCCUAAUUAAAUAGGGGGAGUGGUUUAACAGAUCUACAGUUGUUACUCUGGCCUGGAUCCACUAUUGCAGUCUGUACUUCUGGUACAAAAACCAGUCUACUGCAAGGUCCAAGCCACUUGCCCUUUUGUUGGUGGGUGGACUCAUGGCUACCCUAAUGCAUUCUGAGUCCAGGAGGCUCUAUUCUUGGUGGUGGGACAGUCACAUCCCCAAGAAUUCCAAAUGGCUUCAGGACAAUCUCACAGAUAUGGAUGCAAAAGUGAAAACGAUGAUCAAACUGAUAGAGGAAGAUGCAGAUUCAUUUGCUAGGAGGGCUGAAAUGUACUACAAAAAACGUCCAGAGCUGAUGAAGUUGGUGGAGGAGUUCUAUAGAGCUUACCGAGCAUUAGCAGAGAGAUAUGAUCAUGCAACGGUGGAACUUCGCCAUGCUCAUCGAACCAUGGCUGAAGCAUUCCCCGAUCAGGUGCCUCAUGGAUUGACUGAUGAUUCACCUUCUAGGCAGGAGGGUGAACCUCACACAUCAGAAAUGCCCCAUCCAAUUCAGGCUUCGCUAAGCCCAGAUGAAUGGGAACUCUCUUCAGCCAUUACAGAUAAUGGAGGUCUCAAACAGCUCAACAUGAUGUUUGGGGCUGAUUCAAAAGUUGCUGGAGGAAAGAUGAAGAGGGGUUCAAAGUUACCGAAGCAAACCGAAUCGGAACUAGACGUUGAGACCUUAAAGAAGACUCUUGGUGAGAUUCAAGCCGAGAAGGAAGCUGUUCUUCUUCAGUACCAACAAAGCUUGGAGAAGCUGUCUUGCAUGGAGAAGGAACUUAUGGAUGCCGGUGGGCUUGAUGAAAGAGCAAGCAGAGCUGAGAUCGAGAUUAAGAUCCUGAAGGAAACACUUGCCAAGUUAGAAGCCGAGAGAGAUGCUGGGCUGCUUCAGUACAACCAAUGCUUGGGAAACAUAUCAAGCAUGGAGAAUAUGAUAUCUCAGAAUCAGGAGCAUGCUAAGGGGCUCAAUGACCGGGCAAUGAAAGCUGAAACAGAAGCACAGAGACUCAAACGAGAGCUUUCAGGAUUGGAGUCCGAGAAGGAAGCUCGUCUUCUUCAGUACAACCAAUGUAUUGAAUUGAUAUCUAUUCUGGAGAAAAGAAUUGCAUUUGCUGAGGAAAAUGCCAGGAUGCUUAACGAGCAAGCUGAGAAAGCUGAAACUGAAGUUAAUUCAAUGAGGCAAGCUAUUGAUGAAUUAAAGUGCGAAAAAGAAGCUGCUGAACUAAGGUACGAGCAAUGCCUUGAGAAAAUAGCAAUGAUGGAGAAUGAAAUAUCUCGAGCUCAAGAGGAUGUCAAGCAACUGAUCAGUGAAGUUGAGAUGGGUGCUGCAAAACUUAAAGGUGCAGAAGAACAUUGUUUUUUGUUGGAGAGGUCGAAUCGGUCUCUGCGGUUAGAGGCUGAAACUUUGGUCCAAAGGAUAGCAACAAAGGAUCAAGAACUCUCGACCAAGGAAAUAGAACUGGACACGCUUCAUACUUUACUGGAAGAGGAGAAAUCACAGUUUGCCCAAGUUGAAGCCAGCUUGCAAACUUUGCAAAAGCUGCACUUGCAGUCGCAAGAGGAGCAGAAAGCCUUGGCAGUAGAGCUGGAAAACAAGCUUCAAAUGUUGAAAGAGUUGGAGUUGAGCAACCAGGAAUUGCAAGAAGAUCUGCAUCGAGUCAAGGAUGAGAAUCAGAGCCUCAAUGAGUUAAACAGUUCUUCCAGCAUUUCCAUAACGAACUUGUACAACGAAAUUUCUUGCUUGAAGGAAAUGAAGGUGAAACUUGAAGUGAAACUUGCAGAGCAAGUAAGCCAAACUGAUUCCAUGCAACAGGAGAUUUCUCGUUUGAGGCACGAGAUUGAUGGCUUGAAUAGUAGGUAUCAGGGUUUAAUGGAGCAGAUGUGGUCUGUAGGUCUGAAUCCUGCUUGUCUUGGCUCAUCUGUUAAACACUUGCAAGAUGAAAACUCCAGGCUAAGAGAAGUUUGUGAAAAGGAUGAACGUGAGAAGGAAGUUCUGCAUGAGAAGUUGAAGGCUACAAAUCAGCUCCUUGAGAAGAAUGUUGCCAUGGAUAGAUGUCUUUCAGAAAUGAAUGAAAAACUUGAAGGGUCAAGAGAAAACGUGAAGGAGUUGCGGGAAUCUUGCCAGCUCCUUCAGGGAGAAAAAACGGGGCUUGUAGCUGAAAAGGGAAUUUUGCUCUCCCAGCUACAGCUCAUGAAUGAGCACAUGCAGAAGCUCAUUGAGAAAAAUACCCUGGUUGAGAAUUCUCUCUCUGGUGCCAAUAUCGAGCUUGAGGGUCUCAAGACAAGGAGCAGAAGCUUAGAAGAAUUGUGUGAAAUGCUCAAGAACGACAAAUCCAACCUUUUGACUGAAAAAAGCACAUUGGUCUCUCAGCUGGAAGCUGUUGAACAAAGACUUGGAAACCUUGAAAGGAGGUUCACAAGACUGGAAGAGAAGUACACUGAUCUGGAAAAGGAGAAAGAAUUCACACUCUUCCAGGUCAAAGAACUGUAUGGAUACCUUGGAAUAGAGAAACAGGAGCGUGCAUGCUACAUACAGUCUAGUGAAUCUCGGUUGGCUGAUCUACAAAACCAGGUGCAUGCAUUGCAAGAAGAAAGUCAGCUGAGGAAGAAAGAAUUUGAAGAGGAACUGGAUAAAGCCGUAAAUGCACAGGUUGAGAUCUUCAUCUUACAGAAGUUCAUCGAAGAUUUGGAACAGAAGAAUUUCACACUGUUGAUUGAAUGUCAGAAACAUGCUGAGGCUUCAAAACUAUCAAACAGUGUGAUAACAGAGCUGGAGGCUGAGAAUCUGGAGCAGCAGGUGGAAGUGGAGUUCUUGUUGGAUGAGAUCGAGAAGUAUAGAAUGGGAGUUCAUCAAGUUUUUCAGUCACUUCAGUUUGAUCCAAUCCAUGAUCAUGAACAAGGAAUUGAUGAAGGAAAAGUUUCUUUUGGGCGUAUGCUAGACAAUAUUGAGGACAUGAAGAGCUUGCUCCAGAGAGAGGAAGAUGAGAAGCAAUUAAUGGCCGUUGAGAACAUGGUGCUCUCGACUUUGUUUGAUCAAUUGAGAUCAGAAGGUGCUGACCUUGAGUCACAGAAAAAAGUUCUGGAGACGGAGUACAAUGCAAUGACAGAAAAGUUCACCGUGGUUGAAAUGGAAAAUCACGAACUUCAGGAGAUGAGCAAGCAAUUGGAAAUAGAACUGAGGAAAGGUGAGGAACAGAAGGGAGAACUAAAAGCUUCGUUGGAAACUCAGCAUUUGAACCUGGAAAGCUUGCAAGGUUCUUACAUCUCACUCAAAGCAGAAAACUUUAACAUGAUUGAAGAAAAGGAAUCUUUACGGAUGAGAUUCUUAGAUCUGAAAAGGGAAAUGAAGAAAGUUGAUGAAGAAAACAGCAACAUCAUUCAGGAAGCAGUAUGUUUGGCAACUCGCUCAUCUGUUUAUGAGAGCUUUGGAAUGCAGAAAGCUGAGGAGCUUGAAGCAGUUUCUGGAGAACUUGAUCAUCUCAGCUCUGUUAACAGUGAACUCAACAAGAAGAUAGAGGACUUGGAGAAGAUGCUUGGAGCAAAACAAUCAGAGUGUUUGUAUCUUAACGAAACAAUCAAGAAGCUGCAGUGUGAGUUGCAGGAAGGCCAGGACUUGAAUGAUCAGUUGAACUGUGAAAUUCUGAUUGCCAAGGACUUUUUGGGAAUGAAAGCAUCAGAGCUUUUAGAAGUAGAGCAGAAGCUGAAAGCUACGCAGGAGGCCAAUGGUGAACUAUGCAGAACAAUUGAGGAGCUGGAGAGGGAAUCUAAGGAAUCCGUUGCAGACAAGGAAAAGUUAGAAAACCAGAUUGCUGAGUUGUCCAAAGACAAUGCAAACCAGAAACGAGAAAUCCAACAGCUUCAUGCAGCAAAUCAAAAUCUGCAGUCAGAAGCGAGCACAUUGCAGAAAGAGAUUGAGGAACACAGGGUUAGAGAGGAGACCUUGAGCCUGGAGUUACAGGAGAGAAGCAAUGAGUCCGAACUCUGGGAGGCCGAGGCUUCAUCGUUCUUCUUCGACCUACAGAUAUCAUCCGUUCACGAGGUUCUUCUCGAGAAGAAGGUUCAUGAACUCUCUGCAGUUUGUUCAACCCUUGAAGAUGACAAUGCCACAAAAGAUGCUGAGAUUGGACAGAUGAAGGAAAAGUUCUUUUCUUUGGAAACUGAAAUGGUGGGGCUGAAGUCUCAGUUAUCUGCAUAUGCUCCAGCAAUAGCUUCAUUGAAAGAUAACAUUGAAUCCCUCGAGCAGAAUGCUCUACUUCUGUCAAAGCUUCCCUCUUCUUCAGUUUGUGACCAAACCCACAAGGACAAUGAUAUAGCUUCUGAAGAUCAGUCAAGUGAGGCAAGAGAUGGGAUCUCCGAUUUGCUGAAGAUGCUACCAAGAGUUAAAACAGUGGAGAAAGCCAUGCUUGAAGAGAUGAGCAGGCUAGAAGCCGAGAAGGCCACAGCAGAGAAGGAGAAGCUUGAAACCCAUGAGAAAGUGAAGAAGCUAAGGAGGAGAUCAUCAAGAAGCAGGGGAGACAGCUUCCAUAGUUUCGAUUCAACCGACAGUGCUCAUAAAAACAACUUGCAGAACAAGCACCACCACGACCAACCAUCCGAGAUAGCACCACCAUCACCUGAAUUAAAGAACAACAUCAGCAGCAGCAAUGGCGGUGUCUUGAUGAAAGACAUUCAACUCGUUAGUUCUUCUUCCUCGCGCAGGAGGAGCAGGAGAGUCUCGAGAGCCGACGAUCAAAUGCUCGAGCUCUGGGAAUCCGCAGAGAAGGAUAACGCAGGCCCAGCUCCCCCACUACGGCUGUUGAGUCGAAAUCUAUCAUCCAGAGGUUCGAAGCAGCACAAAACACCCUCAAUUCCUUCUUCCGAGAAGGAAUUGGGAAUCGAUGAUAUAAAGCUGGAGGUUGUACCAACUAAAGAGAAGAAGAGAGCACCCAAUGGAGGCAAGAUCAUGGAAAGGCUUAAUUCCGACGGCAAGAAACUGACGUCGCUCUACACAUCCGUGCAAGACAUGAAAACCAAGGUGGAGACUACUAAGGGAAAUGACGUGGAGCUGGAGAAGCUGAAGACUCGGCUGCAGGAAGUGGAAGUAGCUAUUGUACAGUUAGCAGAAGCUAACGAUCAGCUGAGGAAAGGCGUCCGCAGCGGAGCUUCGUCUCCGGAGGAAAUGAUGGUUAAAGCGGAGAGCAAUGGCGUGACGGAGCAGGCGAGAAAAGGGUCGGAGAAGAUUGGGAGGUUGGAGUUCGAGGUGCAGAACAUUCAGUACGUUCUGCUGAAGCUUGAUGAGAAGUGCGGGGAGACGAAGAAGAAGAAGGGUAAUGUGCAGCAGAGGUUUUACGGGAGCAAGACGGGUGUUCUGUUGAGGGAUUUUAUCAGCAGUGGUGGGAGGCGAAGGAGUUUCAGGAGGAGGAAGAAGGGUUGUUUCUGUGGUUGUGGGAGACCGGCCACCAUUGAAGAGGAAUGAGACAGGAAGGAGACCGACUGUUGUUUCUACCUUUCUUUUGUUGUAAUAUUUGUAAUGUAGCUGUUGAAACUUGGAGGAGAAGAAGGAUUUGUCAUGUUGUUCUUCUGUGUAACGAACAAAGGAUAUCUUUCUCCUGUGUAGUUUAUCUCAGCUUUUUUUGGAGCUUAUUUCCUGUGGUGGUAGAACAGUAAGUUUAGGUUGGAUUUUAUGUAGGGAAGACCAUAAGUGAUAAAUAAAUGGAGUCAGUCAGGUUGAUCCCAGUCCCAUCUCCCUUUGCAGUCGAGUGCAAAGAUUCACUUUGAUGGCUGAUUCUCGAACAAUUUCGUGGUAGUACGAUAUAUAGAGAUACAUUUGUGGAACCCAUAGCUCGUUUUGUAAUAGUAUGGCUGACUAUUUUGAGCAUCAGUAAUGGUUAUGAGACUCAAUCCGUUGUUUGUAGUGAUAGUCAUAGCUCAGAAGUCUCAAAUUUUAAUGCUUUGGAACACUCACACAGCACAGUGAAG